AUGCUACCAUGUAUCCUCAAAGCUAGGAAGCCUCAACUUAGCCGACUACGUCCAUCAUCCCAAUGGCUCUUCCGCCUCUAUUCCGCGACCUCUGCUACCCCUAAUGGCCCCAAAUCAGCCAGUCCAAACCACCAGGACCUCCCCAGCUUCUUGAACUAUGCCAACCGUAUCGGGUUAUCUCCUACCUCGACAAGCUACGUUGGCACCUAUUAUGAAUACGCUGUGCAACACACCCUACGCCGUCUGGGCUUCUCCUUGACCCGGGUUGGUGGCCGCGAUGAUUCCGGCGUCGACCUCCUUGGCACAUGGCAUCUCCCCUCGAAUCCGCAUCCGUUACGCGUGAUCGUACAAUGUAAAGCUCUGAAGGGGAAGCUGGGGCCCAAUCUUGUCAGGGAGUUGGAGGGGGCUUUCAUCGGAGCGCCCAACGGGUGGAGGGGUGAGGGUGUGCUGGGCAUUUUGGUAUCGCCGAAGAGCGCGACGAAGGGAGUAAGAGAGGCGAUGGGGAGGUGCAGAUGGGCUAUGGGAUGGAUUAUGGUGGAGAAUCAGGAUGGGACGGGGAGGGUCAGACAGGUGCUGUGGAAUCGGACGGCGGCGAGGAUUGGAUUGGAAGGGGUUACGGUCACGAUGAAGUACGGGGAGAAAAAGGAUGGGAAAGAGGGAGAGGGAGGGUUGGAUGGCGAAUGCGUGUUAUUAUGGAAGGACAGGCCAGUUGAAGCGCUACCAGAUGUUGAGGGGGAGGAGGAGAAGGAGAAGGAGAAGGAGAAGGAGAAGGAGAAGGAGCAGUAA